AUGACAGUUGGUGGAGUAUGUUCAUUAGUUGCUGGAGUUAUUGUAUCAUUUAUACCAAUAACAAGAUUAAUACAUACAAUGGCAAAUGAUAAUAUGUUAAAAAUAUCAUUAGCUAAUAAAAUAUUUGGUAAAGGUGGUUCACCAAGAAUAGCUGUAAUUUUAAGUUUUUUUAUCCAAUUACCAUUACUAUUUAUCAAUCAUAAAUAUAUAGAAACAAUAUUUCAGUUAAUGAUAUUUUGUGGUACUUUAAAAAAUAUCAUUUCCUCAAUAACAUACUACUAUUUAGUUUUUAAUGAUAUGAAACAUGUUACAGGAACAGAAGUCCUACAAUCACAUGAAUUAACUUACAGAAAAUUUUCAGAAGGAAGUGACAGUGAAAAUAAUUAUAAUAGUGAUGAGGAAACAUCAACUGAUGAAGAGUUAGACUAUGUUUUUAAGGGACAAUAUAAAAUAAAAGAUUUCCGUUAUGGAACAAUAAAUAAAUCUCACAAUUGCUUAUUUCAAGAAUGUCAAACAUCAGGGAAACAUAUUUUGGGACAUGUUUAUGAGACACCCCUUCAAACAGAAGUUCGUUUAACAAAUUCUAAAAAUGACGAUAAAAUAUUUAAUUGUAUAUCUAAAAAACAUUUAACAAAUAGGACAGCUAAUUGGUGGUUAAUAUUGUAUCUUUUUUGCACAACAUUAUCAACUAUAAUUAUAACACAUAAUAAUUACAAAGUUUUAAAGAAACAACCAAUUCCUAUUUCAGUAUUAGUAUAUAUACUUUUAACAAUUUGUUUAUUGGGUAUUAUUUAUGUACUAUUAUCAAUUUUUUUGUCUGACGUCAAUGAUAAUUUAAAUGACAUAAUAAUUGAUAAAAAAUAUAUCAAAAGAAAAGAAAUAUUACAAAGAUUACUUAACAUUUUUAUAUUACAAUUAGGAAUAGUAUAUUUUGAUUUAAAUAAUUUUAUAAUUAUUUUUAUAUGGUUAACAAUUGGAUUAUUUUACUAUUUAUUAUUUAUCAAUAGAAAAUAA